AGUCGUCGUCGUCGCGUUAGUCGGCCGCAAAGCCUAUACGUUGUACACACGCACAGCAGAUCGCGCGAUCGUCGGGAGAAAAAAAAUAUAAUUUACAGUGAUAAUAACAACAGUAGUAAUAUAACGUUUUACGCGCAAACACAAUAAUAAUAUUAUUAUUGCACAGUGCGGAUGUCUCUGUAGUCGCGGUCUAUUAUUAUUGCUUCCUCGUCGUUCUGUCCGUUCGGUUCCGCGUUCACGGACUCGUCGAUAUUUUGUAGUACCGUCGCGUUCCGGUCGGCACGUAAUUAUCUGCGAGCCGCAGGUUCACCACACCCGACCGCGACACUCGCCGCACGGUUUUCGACGUCCGAUUAAAUUCCGCCGUCGAAUUAUCUGUGAAUUUUUUUUCACGAUUAUUAUUUUUUCCUACCUACACCGUCGGACAACCGCAAUCCGGAGCCGUCCGACGUUCUAACACACCUACGCGUCCAGUCGGUGCCAUGCCGUCGUCGAGUCGCUGAGUCGCCGAGUGGAUGCACAGCAGUGAUGUUGAUCGGCAGCGGUACCGCGGGCAACUUCGGCAGUUUCAACGUGGACCAUCCGGGCGGGCCCACCAUCAUCAGCGGCCUGCAGGGAUCGCCUCACCACGCGAGCACCGCCAGCCAGCCCCAGCAGCAUUCGCCCGGUUCGUCGUCGGGCGGCGGCGGCGGCGCGGGCUCCGGAGGCGGCGGCGGCGGCGGCGGUAGCGCCAUGACGCCGCUGUUGCCGUCGUUCGGGUUCACCCAGGAACAGGUGGCGUGCGUGUGCGAGGUGCUCCAGCAGUCCGGCAACAUCGAGCGGCUGGGCCGGUUCCUGUGGUCGCUGCCCAGUUGCGACAAGCUGCACAAGCACGAGAGCGUGCUCAAGGCCAAGGCCAUCGUGGCGUUCCACCGCGGCAACUUCAAGGAGCUGUACCGGUUGCUGGAGAGCAACCAGUUCUCCGCGCACAACCACCCCAAGCUGCAGGCCCUCUGGCUCAAGGCGCACUACGUGGAGGCCGAGAAGCUCAGGGGCCGCCCGCUGGGCGCCGUCGGCAAGUACCGGGUCCGCCGCAAGUUCCCGCUGCCCCGGACCAUCUGGGACGGCGAGGAGACCAGCUACUGUUUCAAGGAAAAGUCCCGGAUGGUGUUGCGCGAAUGGUACGCCAGCAACCCGUACCCGAGCCCCAGGGAGAAGAGGGAACUGGCCGAAGCCACCGGAUUGACCACGACGCAGGUGUCCAACUGGUUCAAGAACCGCAGGCAGAGGGAUCGGGCGGCCGAACAGAAAGAUGGCAUGUCCGGUAGCCGGAGUCCCACGGGAAUGGGCGACGGAUGCGAGAAGAUGGUCGGCGGCCCGCCGUCCAACUUGGACUCCAGCUCGUCCGAAUCCAUCGACGGCGACAACAUGAAGUCCCACAUACACAUGCUGCACAAACCCAGCGCAAUAUCGUUCGGGCACUCGAUGAUCACAGGCCAGGACCACCUGUCCAGCCACGAGAUGAUGUUCGGAGGCGGAGGCGACCUCAAGUCGUCGAUGUCCGGCGUCGGAGGCGUGGGCGCGGGCGGCAUGUCCAUGAUGGCCAACUCGGCGGCCGCGGCCGCUGCGUACCACCACCAGGCGCAUCUGAUCGGCGGCGGUAUAGGAGGCGGCGGCGGCGGAGGAGGCGGCGGCGGCAUCGUCGGCGGGUUCGGGUCGCCCAUCGGCAGUCGCCCGUUGAUAGCCACCGGCGUCGGCGGCGGCGGCGUCGUCGGCAACGGCGACCACCACAGCCACUUGCAGCAGAUCGCCGCCGGUCACCCCGCCGACCCUUCGCUACUGCACGACUACCAUUCCUUAUGACAGUGGGUGUCUGGCUACAACGGUGGCCAGCAAUGAAGCAGCGGCGGCGGCGGCGGAGACGCGCACCCGCCGGUCGCACCCGCACAGCACCCACACUGCACGAGCGUCGCUCCACGCACGGCACAACGUCGUUCGUCGUCGUAAUUAUUGUAAAAACGACGAUACGAUUAUUGUUUAAGCGCACACCACCACCCACUCGUCGGCGGCGGCGGGAGUCAUAAUAUAUUAUUAUACGCUGCAUAAUAUGUAAUAUUAAUGUAAUAUAAUAUAUAGUUUCGGGCGACAGAAACGGAUUCGCCCGGCAAACGGGUUGUUCGCUGGACCCACCCGCGUGGUAUACGCGGUAUAAAUUGGCAUAUAUGGUAGGUAUAAAUUUACAAUGUCUUAUCGUUAUUGUGUGUGCCGUCGAACUCGACGGACGCGACGACUGCGGAACACCCCGGCGACUUCCGGGCUGCAGCCCUCCCCCCGUCGUCGGCGUCCAAAUCGAAUUGUCCGCGGCAAAACAUAAUAUGUACUUAAAUGCAUACACACACGCGUAUAAUAUAGGUAGUGCGAUGUUAUAUACGGUCAAUCGUCUAAUAUCACAAUAAUAUUAUUAUUAUAGUUGUCUAGCGCGAAUAAUAUACGAUUAUUAUACUGCACGACUGCGGUACAAUAACGUGUGUUAUUAUGUUAUGUGUCAUGAAAUAUACAUAUAUAUAUAUAUAGCGUUGUGGGUGGGAGAGGGUGGAAGGGUGUCCGGGGCGCAUGUUAUCUCGGCACCCGAAAUGCGCUCGCGACACAACUGUAUAUUAUAUUAUAAAUCGAAUAUUUCAGAACUAUGCGAAAUCAAUCGUAAUACAAUAAGUACUUAUACGUAACGCAUUGAAUGCGGUCCAUCCCAGGACUUUCGGUCUUUGACGCAUAAUAUACCACUGGCCCUGAUUAAUGUCGUUUUUCACGAAUCGCGUCGCUAGCCGAAAAUAAUGACACUAUACAAUUAUGAUGUACAAUUAUGUUAUUACUGCACGUGCGGACAAUAUAGGCGUCGAAACAACAACCUGUGCCUUGAUAUAAAAAAAAGAAAUGAUUUACUCGCGAACAACCGCUAAAAAACCUAAUUGUAAUAUCAAUCGACGAAUGUCUAGUUGUGUAUAGUGCCGUAAUUUAAAGGACCGCGCGAUACAAACACACUUAUUGCGUAUGAAUUAUUGUGAUUAAGUACAGCACGAUUUUUCAAAACCGGUCGACCCGAAAAUUCGAUAAAAAAAAAAUCGGCGAUUAUACAGCAGGGUUUGCAGCGACCCGCGUACAAAUAUGUGAGCACGAAAAACAAAAAAAAUUAACGGCGUCACUGCUCUGAUGGGUCCUUGCAUUAUCAAAUGUAGGUACAGUGAAAGUCUAAAGUAGAUCACUUUAAAUCUGAGCAAAAUCAGUCGAUUUCCCACGUCACUCGUCAUCGAUACAAUAUUAUAUUCACCUAUAUUACUGCGGGUCGAUCUUCAUUAAUGUUAUAAUAAUAUACGUUCGCGACAGCCCGAGUUUAUACAAAUCAUAUUGCAGUUCCUCCGCUCCCGAAAAUCGUCUCCUGCCCCCGAUAUAGAUCCUUUGCUAUGUGGGUGUACCCUUACUGCGCCGUAUGCAAAUGUAUUAUGCUAAUCAAUAUUGUUACAUUAAAUUUAAUUAAUAUUCGACCCGUUUGCGCUUCGUUUUGUAAAUACCAUAAUUAUUAUCAUAUUAUCAUAAUAUUUUGUUCUUCGCAUUAAAUACCCUUACUCCUAUUAAAUAGGUACCGCAGGGCACCACAGAAAUACCCGACAGUUGUAAUGAUCGUAAUCAUUUUUCCUUUUAAAGUAAACUAUAUUGUUAUGAUUAAUCAUGUUAGUUAUGUAUAGAAUAUUCAUAUAAAUUACGAUAAAAAAAGUUAUCUCAUAGUUGGUCAAAAUUGAAUUUGUCAGUUGUUUCUGUUACACCUCCUGCGAUAAUAUAUUAUAAUUCUAUUUUUAGUCACUAUUCGUCGUUAAUAUAGAAAUAGUUGUACGGUUAUGUAGUCCACUCAUUAGCUUAUUUGGUUUACAUUAGUAGAAUAUUACGUGUAUCCGGAAGGUACCUAUACGCAUAAACAGUAUUUUAGCAGAACAACUUAGAAACAGUUUUCCAAAAAUAUGUAUCAUAAUAUUAUAUACUUUCUAGUUGGUAAAUCGUUUUUCAAAAGCUAUGUAUGCCUAUAUGUCCACAAGCUUUACUGCAGUUAGAACACAUCUCAAUAUCAGCUACAUCAUAUUAUUAUGUUCCUCGGACGUAACUCUCUAUAAUUAUUUUAUUUGACAUCUUUACAAGGACAGACAUCGUUAAAUUCUUAAUAAUUCCGAACGCAAAUUUACGAAGUGACAAACCGUAUUGUUUAGACAUAUUAAAAUAUUUUUGACGUACAUUUUAUUAUUAUUUUUUCUUGAAUUGUCGUAAUUAAACUUUAAAAACAAUGAUACCGAAAACGCGAUUAUAAUAAUAUGGUCGUUCGAACGGUUCUGUACUGCAGUUUGAAGGGACGACGAGAGAAAUGAGAUGCUUCACGUAAGCAUCAUUGUAUAAAAUGUACAUAAUAUUGAGUUUGUAGUGAUUAUAUUUUUUUGGCUACCAAACCAUUUUUUUUCGAACGUCCCACACCAAUAAUCCUAAACGUAUCGAGAAACCCGCGAGACCAGAAAGUAAGUCCUAACGAUUCGUAUUUUGUCUGUCGCGUUUAAAAACUAUAAAAGCGGCAGCGCUCUGCAGGUUAGGUCGGCUAUAUUAUAAUCCGCCACUGUGGCUCAGUCGCCCGUCGGGCCGGAUUUGUCGGACACCGAAAUGACAAUAUUAAUAAUAUCUACCAAAGCGAAUCGGGAGUAUUAAAAUAAUACUAAAAAUACAAGAAAAAAAACCGCCUUUUCGACUUUUCGUGUGUUUAUUAUACGGACUAUACGGUGUCAUCGUGACCGUCGUUCCGUCUAGACUAGAUCGAGCGCGCGGCAAACUGGUUUAUCCGUAGGUAUAGGUACUGUAAUAUUUCGUCAAUGAGAUUUAAAACUAUUCGAAAAUGGCAUCGGAAAAAAAAUAAAAAAUAAAUAAAACCAGUCGCGGAACGUUACAGGCGAAAGAUUUAAUAAUACAUUUUAUUAUUAAAUAAAUGGCAUAGGUAUUUUCGCCGUAGUCGUUUAGCAUUGUUCCUGCGCAGCUGUCAUAAUUUGUGUUUCUGCGUUUCAUUUUUUUUCUCCUGUCCGUUCCGCGCAAAAUCCUCGGUGACAAUUAGCGCGCAGGAUAUUCGGUGUCAUACAUUACGGCAAACAUGUUUACAGAAACACAAUCUCCCAAGGACAUCCGCACGUUUUCUACAACAGUAUACACAUAUAUAUAUAUAUAUAUAUAUACAUGUGUGUGUGUGUGUGUGUGUGUGUUGUUGGUAUAUGUGUAGGUGCACCGCGUUUAAAUCAAAUAAUUUUUAAUCACUUAACGACGACUUGUCAUUCUCCGCGGCGGUAGGUACCUACACACCUUCGCGAUCGUGUAUUGUUUUUUUAUUUUAUCGAAAACUAAUGAUUUUUGUUUUUUUUUUUAUCAAAUGACGUGUUACUUCCGACGUAUUGAGCUCAAUACAAACGUCUUUUACUUGACUACCGCCUGCUUGACGGUUUUAUAGCUCUAUGUAAAGGAGGCCAGCGAAUCGUCAAAUUCCAUCACUUUUAAAUUAAAUUAAAUUCCGCCACUAUACUAUUAUUAUUUGGCAAUCGUCGUUCGACUUUUCGCGGAAAGUGGACAGUGAACCAAUAAAAAUAAAAAUAAAUGAAACGUCGUUGUUCGUCGCCAGCCAAAAAGCGAGAGACUUUAAGGGGUCACAUCUGGACCCUACGACAGAUAAUAAUUACUGGCCUGCAGCGAAUAAUACAAAAUCGACCAGUAUUCAUAGACUACCUACCUAAAUAAUGUUUAUUUUUUCACGAUGAAUAAUGUACAAUAUUAAACGUGACAGCAGAACAUUUUUCUUUAAAUUCGGACUUAAAAUUAUACAAUGCACUCAACUUACUUUAAAUCUUCAGACACUUUAGGCUAAUUUUUUUGGCUCUUUAUAAACUUAUCUAAUAACAACAGCUCGGCGUGCUAUAACGAAGACCGUUACAAAUUGCCACUUAGACUUGUUCAUUUUAUUAUUAUGUUUGUUGCGUUUCUGUUUUUUAUAAAACUAAAAAUUGCGAACGUGACUACAUUAUGUUCUGUAGGUGUUCGUCUGCAAGGUUUCUUAAUUUUGACAUAGAGCUCCAAGACCGCUUCAGGGCUAACGAAUCGAAACGGCAACAAUCGCUCUGAUUUGAAAGGAUAACACUUUACGCCAAACAGUAGUUAAUUCAACUCAAGUAAUUAUUAAGGGUUUACUUUUGAAAAUUCGCCACUUACAGCAGGUGAUAGCUAAAACUCCCCGGGAAGCGAUGAUUAAAAUAUGAUGGUGAUCAUUGAAAAAAAAAAAUUUAUCGUAACAACUUAUAACCAAGUGUGGGCCACCCGGAGACCAUCGGGAAAGUUUCCGAUUUCACAAUCCGUACGAAAUCCUUCCGAGUUCAGUGUAACACAAUGCUCUCCCGUUUGCAGGUCGUCGUGUUCGGAUAUUUUACAAUAUCAUUUAUUCGUGGUAGGUGUUGUGCCUCGUUUAUAAUAGACCAUACCAUAAUGUCAUUAUAGUAUUCGAUCUACCCGAAACACGACCGUAGACUGAACACACACACACACACACACACA